AUUAAUCACAAAGUUUAUAAAAGGCGCGCAGUAACGAGCAAUGCAUUUGUGCUUAAGCCUCAUCUUCAACAAGAACAUUAUCGAGCAGAAGCCGCUUCUCUUAUUGUAAAAAGCACUCAGUGUAGUGAAAAUUCUGACGAUGAUGUUGCGAAUCGCGAGCGUUAUCGCUUUUUGCGUUUUAUUAAGUGAGGCACGUAACUUCAACGAUGCGCGAGUGAAUUAUGAUAAAUAUUGGAAGGAAUUUCAAGAAUUUAUUAAAUGGAAGAGAACAAAGGAGCUGAGCGAAUACAAUGUCGAGUUUCUAACGCGUGCGAUCGGAUUCGAUGAUGAUAAAGACGUUCAAAGGAUUGAUAAUCGAGCUAUACAGGAUCUACCACUGAUAAAUCAGCCAGCUUUAGUGGCUAGAUACGUUGUUAAUCAAGCUGAUUGGGCAGCUAUAGCGACGAUAAGCACUCGAAAAGAUGUUGAAACAUUUCCUGUUGCGAAUUUAAUUUCUAUCGGCGAUGGACCUAUUGGAAACGGCACUGGAAUACCAUAUAUGUAUCUUACCCCUCUUGACUACACUGCUCAAGAUCUCGUUAAAGAUCAUCGCGCGACUCUUCUAGUAUCAUUGGCGGAAGGAACUUAUUGCAAAAAUAAACAAUGGGAUGCGAUGGACCCACGAUGUGCUAGAGUUAUGCUAAGUGGAAAAAUUGUAGCAGUGAAGAACAAUACUGAAGAGCAUAAAACUGCAGAACAAUUAUUCUUCGAUCGUCAUCCGAAAUUGGAAAAUAUGCCCGCAGAUCAUGGAUUUUUCUUCGCCAAGUUAGAAAUAUAUGCGAUCGCUUUGUUAUACAACUUUGGUGGACCAAAAUACAUUUCAGUGGAAGAUUAUUUUCAUCCGUCGGUGAAUCAUAUUGUAAAUAACUUAUACAAACAUUUCAUUGUGGAAUUAGUAUCUAAUGAGUAGAUUCUGUAAAUACUGUCACUAAUAAAUUUCUCGAGGUUUAA